AACGAGAGAAGAAUUCAACAGAACUAUCUAAUAAUAACACUGAUAACACACAAAGACAAGAUGCUCCUAUUAAGUCGAAUAAUAUUGAUCAAUGUGUAGAUUUGAAUCGAGAUUCUUGGAUAACUAUGUCAGAUCUUUCAUUUUUGGAAUCAUUAUAUUCUAGACCAUCUAGUGUAUCCAGCACCAAAAAAUCACAACGAAAAUCCGAAAUGCUUCUUGAUGAUUUUCUUGAUAUUGGAGCAACAUCAACGACAACAACACCUACUAAUAAUAAUUAUCGAAUGGAUAGUUUUAUAACACAAAUUCAUCAUGAUUCAACUGAAUUAAUCGCAAAUCUUGAAACUUUAUUAAAGAAAAUCCUUCGACAAAAAAAAAGUACUUCGUCGAUCUCUUCAGAUUUUGAAGAUGUGGUUUCUGCUAUUCCCUCGGGUAAUUUGAAUCAGGAGAAUUUCUUGAACUUCAAUGAUCAAGUGUUACCAAAAUCAUCGUCUUCUAAUAAUGAUACGACAUCAUCAAUAUUUGGUGAAAAGAUUUUAGCUGAUGACGCUGAUUUAUUUGGUUCAAGCAAACCCAAUGAACAAAACAACAAGAUAAUGAUAAUUGGAUUUCGAACAAGCACUACAAAAUAUAUUCGAUUCAAAUCGUAUACGCCUUCAAUGAAUGUUGGUUCUACAACGGAUUCUUCGGAAUUUGGUGAAAUGGUAUCAGCAUAUGAUCAUCGAAAUUUGCAAUAUGAUUGGAUAAUUGGAUGA